AUGGCCGCCUCUAACCCCCAUCCCAAGAUUGUCAAGAAGCACAGAAAGGCUUUCAAGCGACACCAGUCCGACCGAUUCGACCGAGUCGGCGAGUCCUGGAGAAAGCCCAAGGGUAUUGACUCUUGUGUCCGACGACGAUUCCGAGGCACCAUCCGAAUGCCCAAGAUCGGUUACGGUUCCGCCAAGGCCACCAAGCACAUGAUGCCCUCCGGCCACAAGGCUUUCCUCGUCUCCAACACUGAGGAGGUCGAGCUUCUCCUCAUGCACACCAAGGUCUUCGCCGCCGAGAUUGCCCACAACGUUUCUUCCCGAAAGCGACUUGCUAUCCUCGAGCGAGCCAAGGCUCUCGGUGUUAAGGUCACCAACCCCGCUGGUCGACUCUCUCUCCAGGCCUAA